AUGGAACAAUUUAGUACUGAAUUAAAAGCCAAAGGUGAAAAGAACUGGGAACUCUACGAAGAAGCCCAAGAAAAAGACCAAAAAAUUACCAAACUGAAAGAAAAUAUUCUGAAUUUCAGACUUAGUAAUCACUCUGGUUCAGUAUUAAAUGUUAGAAGUUUAAAAUUACCUAAAUUAAAAAGUUUAUUUUUCACUGAGUAUUAUGGUAAAGAAUUAGAGAUAAUACCUUCUCAAACACUAAAAGAAUUAGAAUUAGAUUAUUUGUAUUCAUUAAAUAAAUUAACCAUUAAUGAGACAAGCGACUUAGAAGUUUUAAAACUGGAACGAAUUGGUCGUAGAAAUCAUUAUCCUUUCCCAGAAUAUAAAAAUCAACCAAAUUUAACAACUCUCACGGUUAACGGACAACUAAUAAAUAAAAUUGAAGUCACAAAUAUCGUUAAUUUAACUCAUUUAGAUUUAGGGGGUAAUGAACUAAAAGAGUUAAAUAUUUUAGAAAACAGAAAAUUAAUUUCUUUAGAUGUCUCUAAUAACCAACUUACCAACUUAGAUAUUACGAGAAAUGACAAAUUAAUAGUUCAACCCGAAAACUUUUAUCAAUCCACCACUACUCCCUUAAAAUUACGAGUGCUAGACAGUCAAGUUAAAGACUGA